AUGUUCAGCCGCGUGCCCGGUAGCGUACCAGCUCUAGGCGCAGGUGCUGCUAUCGGUGGCUUUGUGCUAGACGCUUGGAAGCGCCGACGAGAAGAACAAGAUCGCGCUCGUAUGGUUAAUCGCGUGAUCCACAGUUCCUUCCACGCUUUCCAGCCCAAAGUGGAAAUCCCGCGCGAGCAGGUCCAGGUCACCAUGAAGCGCCUGCUGGAUCUGGAUGACCGCUCCCCCGUGCUGAUCUGGGGCAACCACCUGGCCGGUAAGAGCUUUGCCCUCUUCAAGGCUUUCGAACAGGCAGGCUUUCACGAGGGCAUCGUCCACGUGCAGCUCGCCGACGACAAGCAGGUCGCACGAGAAAAGCUUUGCCAGGAGCUGGGUGCCCUCGGCGACGUUGAGGCAAAGGAGGCCCUGAGGCAGGCGGCAAAGACGCUGAGCCGCCUGCCCAUCAUUGUCCUGGAGAUCCCCCGGGAGGUCAGCGACAUGGCAGUUGUACGCAGUUGCUCUGGCUUCGCCAAGACAUGGGGCUACGACGCCGAAUUGGCGAAAGUCAUCGUGUUGGCGAGCAGCGCCUCCAUGGCCCUGAGCUUUGAUGCGGACGCCCGGGAAGUUCGGUUCCAGAUCCAACCGCUGAGCGAGGAAGAGUGCCAGCAGGAGGAGGUCCAGACGUUCCUCAAGCACCACGGUGGAGCCGUCGCCGUCGAGCACAAGUCGGAACUCCUCCACCUCUCCGGCGGCAACGUGGGCAAGUUGGAGGACCUGGCGCAGGCCUUGCGGACCAAGACCUUCGAGGAGGUCCGGCUCGAAACCAUCAGCGCGCAGGAGGAGGAGAUCCUGCGCUUCUUCGGCAUCGAUGCGCAGGGCGGCUUCGGCCCAGAAAAGGUCCUGGCUGCCAAGGAGGUGGCCCGCCGCGUGGCGGACGCCCCCUUUGAGCAGUGCGUAAGGUCCGUGGACUUCGCUGACCGUUUCACCAGCAAGCAUCUGGCACAGGCGGUGAAGGCUCAAGGUGCCCACUGCAUCUGUGUCAAGGCCACCACUAAGGCGGAUGAGCGGUUUUGUGCAGCGUCGCCAUCCGUGCACGCUCUGCUCAAGCAGAAGACCGAUGCGCUUGAAGCCAACACGAAGCCCAAACGCCGAGGAAUGUUUUGA